GAUGGCAGACAUGCCGCUUGAGCCAUGAUAGUAUGGAAUCGUAGGAGUGCGAUUUUUAGGUGUGUCUUUCUAAAUAUCGAAAUAGAAUGUCUCCCGAAUUCUUGACUAAAGUCUUAUACGAAUGUUGUUACGAUGUGAAACUGCUUCCGCGCGUUACGUGCGUUAGAUUUAGGUAACGUUUGUGCCGGAACAUAUGUAAUAAUCAGUGAUCGAAAUUGUAUUUUCGGUGUGUCGUGUACGAUAAGUAUUCUGGUUUGAUGUUAAAUUAAAAUGUGGAAUAUGAUGUGCGACGUGAUGCCCACGAUAUCCGAGGACAGUAUCAGCCAGCGGAGUUCGCAGCUAUCCGGCGAGGAUGCGAACUUCGAACAGCUUAUGGUGUCUAUGCUGGACGAGAGGGACAAGCUGGUGGAGAGCCUGCGGGAGACGCAGGAGCGGCUCGGCGACUCGGAGCUGCGGCUCAAGGAGGUGGAGAAGGAGCGCGACUCGCUGCAGAGACAGAUCGCCGCCAACCUGCCCCAGGUCAGUGCCCACUACCCACUACUGCAAAGCUCACCCUGUCCUUAGUUUUAGCUUGUCGCGACUAGCGUUUGUAAACUGCGAGUCUUAUUAAAUAAGAC